AUGUGCUGCCGCGAAAAAAAAAUCGGAAUUCAGCGAAGUCCGAAGGUCACACGAAAGGUUAUACUGCCAUCGAAGCCAAAGGUAGAAAACGCGUCUGAUCCUGAACCUUCUAUCUAUAAAAAGGAUAAAACUUCCGCCAUUGAACAGUUCGAUAAUCAACAGCCCGGAACCAGCUAUCACAAAUGCCCUCAGCAAGGGAAAAAGGCAAAUGCGCUGUCGACAAGUUCCGCUACUCCAGAUCCCGGGAAACACGAUGAGUCAUCGCUGAUCAACUUGGGUGCCAGCACCAGUCGACAGCAGAUUACCAAUGUUGACAUGGACAUUUUGAUGGACUGGACAGAGUUCGAUACCGAAAACACCAGCACAACUUUCAGCGACAACUUGAAUAAGGAUGCCUCAGAACAACCAUCAAAACGGAUCGGGAAGACGUACACUCGUCCGAAAACUGCGAAGGAAAAUUUGGCAAAUCGCCCAUCGAACUCUGAGCGGCUUGAGCAAACGGUAUCGAGUGAUAUUGUAUGUGUUUGUGGACAACAAGAAAAAGUAGCUGCGUUACUGAAGCAGAACAAAGAGCAGGCAUCGCAAAUGGAGAAAAUAAGAACGAAAUACGAGGAAUGCCGUAAACGUUGCCUGAAGUUAACUGACUCGCUCAACUCAAAAAUUCUCGGAAAGCCUCAUGAAGAUGUAUUCACCGCGAUCGAAGGAUCUACGAGCAAGGAAAAAUUAAAAAAAAUUUCGGAGGCGGCUCAAAAUAGUGAUUACGUCUUUGUAAAGCUACUGAUGCAUGACGUGUGGCCUAUGGGGUUGAAAGAUAGAUCAGUGACUGGCCGCGCAUCAAACAACCCGCAAGGACGAAGCAAGACAGAGGACAUAGGAGGACUUACUGAUGGCAAUGCAGCUACGCCCAAGACGCCCCUGGAGCCCGAGAAAGUGUCCUACAUUGAAGAUCGUUUGUUCGAACAUCGGACGUACCAGGGAGAUUCAGGAGCAGAAGCAAGAGUGAAGGCCAAAGAAUGUGGCCGAGAAAUGGCACGAGUGAUCGCAUAUUACGGGAAGAAGGAGGCACCGUCUGCUGAUUAGAGCA